UUAGGCUCCUUGGCGUAGCAGCCGCCUGCUCCGUGUCUUAGUGGUGUACGCUGGCGCCGAGCACACUGACUUCCCAAGUUCAAUCUAUCCCCGAUGGCACAUACUCCAAAUAAACUAUCAAAAACGGAAGCAAAAUUGCAUAGAAUGCAUAUCAAGAUUGUAUGACUAUGUAUAUGUUACAGAGAUGACAGAAGCUACCAAUGCAACGGAAUAUAGUCAGCACCUGUGCAAUCACUAUCAGCACCUCGGGUGGAGACCAAUCAUGGGCGCAUUGCCUGUACCGUAAAGCGUUGCCAACUCCAUCCUAACCCAACGAAAGUGUCGAAGAUGGACGCCGAUAGCGACCAAGCAGGGGGCUUCAUACCGAAUACAGGGCUACCGUCACCGUCACCGUCAAACUCAUCAUCGCGCAUUGGUGCAGCUUCUCAGCUGCCUCACCCUCGCGCUGCUGCUUUGCAUGCCGGAUCGAGCAAGGAAGGCACCGUGAGGCGAUAUGUUGAAGAAAAGCUACUCAAUGUCUCGCGUCGAUACGUCAAGAAGUUCGGGCAACCGAACCCUUCAGACACAGUCUCCGGAUUCACAUCAUUUUCCGAGGUUUGCAGCGAGCUUGAUGGAGUAGUCAAUGUACUCUGGCUUUCCGGAACACCAUCAUUGCAAAUACCUUUCUUGCUUAAGCUGGCCAGCGAUUUUACACAAUAUGUACGAUCCUUUCCGCCAGCACCGCGCGCGACGUUCGCGCUGCUACGUAAACUGGACCACUGUUUCUCAUCACUUCUGAUCGGACAAGAUAUCACAACGAGAGAGUCAUUACCUGGGUUUGAAAAUGGUCUACGCUCAGGUAUGACAACUACUGAUAUGGUCCGCUGCAGGAGUCUGGUAGAACAGACCCGCGUGCUUAUGGUUGAAAUCAUGAGCCAGGCUCGUGGAGACGACUACACUGACGCUGAUAAUGAGACUGGAGAUGAAACCGGCACUGAGACAGAUUCAACGGAAAUGGGAAGAAAAUGGCACUUUGAAGGUGAUGAAAUGCAUCUUGAUGCUGCAAGAGUAUAUGAAAAUACCAUUGUGCACCUGGGCGAGAGGAUUGGCGAUGGCGCGUUGCAGGGCAUCCCGCCAUCUGAUGAGCCAGCAGGAUGCGCAUGAUUGAUAGCAAAUCAUACCAACAUUGAAGACCAGCCUCACUUAAACAUAUUGCAAUACUCACAGAGCAUCAAUUUAAAAAGCACGUAAAUUUUAUUCAUAUUCUCGCUCGUUGCAAGGACAAAGGGCGUAUAAAGUUAGAUGCGACGAAGAAAAAAAAUACACAAAACCAGAAAGAUGUGACUUAUAAUACCAGCGAUCACCCGGGCAUCUAUCGGCCUACAGGUGACCGGAAAAUAACUAGAAACAGGCAAGCUUUUUGCUCAUCGUUAUGGAUGGUAAACGGGAAAGGACGUAGUUUGACUCCACGCUCCAACUACAACCAAUACCCGGUCUCGUCCAAUCGUUCAACGAGAAGCAUGAUAAUUGAUUGUUAUCUGCCUGCCUGAAAGCAACGUCAAGUCGCCAUGAGAUCCCUCUCCCUUAAAAAACCUAACAAGACGAAAUGGAAUCGACAAGGAACCGAAAAGCCGAAAUAAACCGAAGGAAAACAAGCAAAGCAGCUGUCAACAAACGCCAAGUAGGAGUAAAUACGUUUGCACAAAGACGCCCUAUUAAGUCUGAACCGCAAAGCGAUCAAACGCCAAACAAUGAGCAGCCAAGAAGAGCAGAUAGAAAGAACAAGCAAUGUGUUUAUCUCCGCCGUCGAAGCAAAAGACAAAAAACAAGCAGAGUAGCAGCGACGCAAGAGAGUCACGCCAGGAAGGGGGGAAGGGAUAUCUUUUCCUUUUCUCUUUUUCGUCCAUAACACCACGUACCAAGACAUCAACACAGAGAACAUUUUCAUCAUUCAGCAGCCAACUCGCCGCCAUCCAUGUUACCGAAGGCGUUGAAGUCGAAGCCGCCGUCGUUGCCAUCAUUACCAUCGUGCAAGAACGAGUCAAAGUCAAAAUCGUUCAAGACAUCGCCUGAUUGCAAAGGGUUGGCCAGUUCCAUAGGACCAACAUUAAAGUUCAUGUCGGCAAAAGUGUCCAUGCUGAUGGUGUUCUGGCUUGGGUCUCCAGGCAUACCAGGGCCUCCAGUACCGGCGGUGGUCGCUGGGGUGCUCGCCGCGGCAGCACCAGUAGUUGCCGUCGCGUUCUUGGGGAAUCCCUGUGUAGCUGGGGUCAUGGGAGUAGCUGGGGCAGCGUCCUGCUCGCUGCUAGCAUCGGCUACUGGGGUAGCUGAAGCGUUUGCAGCUGCGGUUUUCUUAGCGGCAGCAGCUCUCUUUUCUUUUUGAGCCUUGGUCUCCUUCUUCUUGGGCGCUGCCUUGGUGGUCUGAUUAGGCGUAGGGGGAGCUGCCGCAGCCUGUUGUGGCGAGGCUGUAGUUCGGUUGCCAGUACCAUUUGCUGCCGCGGUUGGGGCAGAGGGUGGUGGCAUAGCCCGCUGUUGUGGUGUACCUUGGCCAGGCUGCAUUCCCUGAGGAGUCAUUUGGCCAUUAGGGCCUUGCUGCCACUGUUGAGGGUUGCCUGGGGCGCCUGUUUGACCUUGUCUAGCUGCCAUCAUCUGCUGUUGGUUGAAGGGCUGACCGGGGUGCGAGCUGGGAGGUCGCAUGCCGUUCAUCUGAGGCUGUCCUUCCAUUCCCUUGAAAAAGUGCGGCGCCAUGUUAGGGUCGACGUGACCAGGCAUAAAGUUCAUGCCUGGGUUGGGCGAAUCGCGGGACUGUCCACCUUCGGGUACUGGCGAGGGAAUACCAGAGUUAUUCAUCUGAGGCGUUCCACGCUUGGCCUGGUCGGCUGGGUUGGGUGAAGCCCCAGCACGAACUGCUUGGGGAGAAGCGUCUGGGAAGGGUUGGCCAUUGGGGCCAGUGGUAGGACCGCCGGGUUGAGCUCCGCCCAUGUUGUCUUGCUCCUGGCGAGCCAUCAUCAGGCGCUUUUUGUUUUGCUGUUCAAGAAGCAUCAACUGCAUCUGGUAGUCCUGCAGGGCAUGGUUGCUGCCAGAUGCAGCUUGAGCGCCACCUGGCCCUGCAGCGCGCAUACCACCAGGGCCGGCGAUAUCAUUUGCAUUGUAGAAGGCAUUGAGAGCCGCUCCAUCCGGGCCUUGGGGGACCAUGGGGGAACCUUGAUUUUGGGCACCAGCAGCAUUUUGCAUGGGCUUAUUGCCCAUCUGAGUUCCUUGUUGCUGGCUGAGAUUUUGAGAGUAUGUUUGAAUAGACUUAAGUCGGGCUGCUUGGGGUGCAUUGGCGAAGUUGUGCAACUGCUGUGCAGUCAACGAACUCGGGUUAAUGCCAUGGUUAGUGAGCAUCUGAUGCGCAGUGGCCAUGUUCGUGUUGUUAUUUGCCAUGCCUGGGACGGGUUGCCCGUUGGGCAUACUGCCGGAUGGGUUGCCGUUGAAACUCUGCGAGUCGAGUCGUUGGCGCUUGGCAUUGGGCGAAGGAGCGUUUUCGCCGGAGGCGGGAGAGGACGGACGGUUGCCGUCCAUGGCUGAAGGAUCACGUUGCAUCGGAUUCUGCUUCGCACCUGCCAUCAUCAUUUGCGGACUACAUCUAGGGUCAGUAAUGAGGUUGCAAGAUAUAAUAUGG